ACACGGCGGAGACGAAGAGGAGAGCGGACCCAGGCGCGCAGCUCCGGUCACCAUGGAGACAGCCACACGGCAGCUCUGGUUUUUCAUGCAGCUUCAAUGCUUCCUGAUUGGCAGUUUAGUUGACUCCUCCUCCCCGUCCUCCGCCACCCACGUCCUGUCCAUCACGUCCACGGUGGGGAACCAGGUGGUGCUUCCCUGCAGGUGGAAGUCCCGCCUGGGGGGGGCGGCCCCCACCACCUGCCACGUCCAGUGGACCACGCUGGCCGACGUCGUGUUCGAGCAGUCGGGCGACAAGUGGCAGGCGGCGGAGUUCGAUGGCCGGGUGGAGGUUCCCGAGGAGAAGCUCGGGUCCGGGGACUGUUCUCUGACCAUCAGCGACGUUCAGAUCGGGGACACGGGGAGAUACGAGAGCUUCAUGGUGGUGGAAGGAGUGAGGUCCAGAAAAACCCGGGUCUUCAUUCAGAGUGUGAAGCUGUCUGUGUUCGACCACAAAUCCAGCCAGUCUCGGCGGCCAGGUGAGGACUUGGUUCUGGAUCUCUACACCGGUCACUCUGUGAGAGUGGUCUUCCAGGGCAGGAACAGCUCGGAGUGGUCGGACCUGUGGAUGAGAGGGGACGAGAACAGUCGGCGUCUGGAGAAACAUCUACUGAAGGAGCAGCUGACGUUAAAGAACCUAAAUAGCUCAGACGAAGGAACGUACAAAGUUCUGGAUGAACAGGGCCUCGCUGUCAGCACCGUGCAGCUCUACAUGGAAGAAGUCUCCACACCUCUCAAAGUCUACCAGGUUAUGGAAAGUGAAAUAAUAGCAGAUGACGCUGCCAAGAGCGGCUGUUCAGCUCUCCUCAUCUUGUCUGUUCUUGUCACGAGUUUCCAAAUUCCUCAUCUGCUCUGAGACUGUCUCUGCAAAAAGCAACAGCCCUUAACAGUCUAACAGCACAAGAAGCAGCUGCAGUCAUUUAUGUCAUUUAUUAACAUUUUGUCUAAGAAAUGUAAAUUUAGCCUGAGUGAUAUUUCAGAUGAGCCAGGAGUGGGGCUGAAUGACAGAUCUGAGAGGUGUGUGUGUGUGUGUGUGUGUGUGUGAGUGUGAGAGAGUGAGAGAGAGUGAGAGAGAAGUUUGUGUUGUAGCUUGACGGGCUGAAGUGCAAAAUAGCUCUAGAGCCAAAAUUUGAAUUCCACUCGAUUUAGAGGGGAAAGUCUUUACUCAAACAACAGAACGUCAGGGGAAAAAAAGAAAAGCGUUCAGAAACGCUUGUUUGUUUCAAAGUUAAUAAAUAUCAAGAGUGUGAAUCAUUAUCUUUGUUAGGUACUGACUGGUUUGGAUAGUUGCUGGAAACAGAAAGACUUCUUAGUGUCUGUUAUUUUUUAUUCUAUAAUAGUUACCGUAUGUUAUCGUCACAUAAUCCCCCCGUUUUGAGCGACUCUCCCUGUUGUGGGGGCACUGAAGGAAGCGCCCAGCUUUGAUAGCCUGAAGCCACACGGCCUCGUUCAACGACAGACAACCACGCUCGGUUUAGCCCUUGAACCACGACCCUGUUUGAUUACGAAGCCCUGGUUACGAUAUGAUGAUACUACAAUCGUAACAAUGAUAGCACAGGUCAAAAAAGAUGUGCCAGGCAGGAGAGGUCGAGUAGCCGUCAGCUGGAACCCCUGCCCAGCGAAUAGCUGUUGAUUUUCAUAGAAAUGGACUCAAACCAUCAACCAACCAAUGAUUAGUCGAUUAGACGAUUGACCGAAAAAUAAUCUGCAACUAUUUUCAUGAAGGACAAAUUGUUUUUGUCUAUUGUAUUGUGUUAUACUGCGGUGGAUGAAAAAGUGCUUGCAACAUGUACUUAAGUAAAUGUAACACUAAAAUGUCAGAAUAUCCUACUGCAAGUAAAAGUCCUGCAUCCAAGUAUUAUUAUGUAACAGUCCUUCAAGUGUCAAAAGUAAAAGUUCUCUUUAUGGGGGCAGAAUGGCCCCUUUUUGAUCAAUGUUGUAAUAUUUUCAUAAAUUAUUUGAUGAUUAUUAGUGCUGCAAUAACGUGACC